AUGCAUGGUAUCAACUCCACACAACACACGCAUGGUAACAACUUCACACAACACAUGCAUGGUAUCAACUCCACACAACACAUGAAUAGUAACAACUCCACACAACACAUGUAUUUGAACAACUCAACACAACUCAUGCAUGGUAUCAACUCCACACAACACAUGCAUGGUAUCAACUCUACACAACACAUGCAUGGUAUCAACUCCACACAACACAUGCAUAUGCAUGGUAACAACUCCACACAACACAUGCAUGGUAACAACUCCACACAGCACAUGCAUGGUAUUACCUCCGCACAACACAUGCAUGGUAUCAACUCCACACAACACACGCAUGGUAGCAACUCCACAUUACACACGCAUGGUAUCAACUCCACACAACACAUGAAUGGUAACAACUCCACACAACACAUGCAUGGUAACAACUCCACAAAACACAUGCAUGGUUACAACUCCACACACCACAUGCAUUGUAACAACUCCACACAACACAUGCAUGGUAUCAACUCCACACAAAACAUAAAUAGUAACAACUCCACACAACACAUGCGUUGUAACAACUCCACACAACACAUGCAUGGUAUCAACUCCACACAACACACGCAUGGUAACAACUUCACACAACACAUGCAUGGUAUCAACUCCACACAAAACAUAAAUAGUAACAACUCCACACAACACAUGCGUUGUAACAACUCCACACAACACAUGUAUUUUAACACCUCCACACAACUCAUGCAUGGUAUCAACUCCACAUUACACACGCAUGAUAACAACUCCACAAAACACAUGCAUGGUAACAACUCCACAAAACACAUGCAUGGUUACAACUCCACACACCACAUGCAUUGUAACAACUCCACACAACACAUGCAUGGUAUCAACUCCACACAACACACGCAUGGUAACAACUUCACACAACACAUGCAUGGUAUCAACUCCACACAAAACAUAAAUAGUAACAACUCCACACAACACAUGCGUUGUAACAACUCCACACAACACAUGUAUUUUAACACCUUCACACAACUCAUGCAUGGUAUCAACUCCACAUUACACACGCAUGAUAACAACUCCACAAAACACAUGCAUGGUAACAACUCCACAAAACACAUGCAUGGUAGCAACUCCACAGAACACACGCAUGGUAUCAACUCCACAAAACACUUGCAUGGUUACAACUCCACACAACACAUGCAUAUGCAUGGUUACAACUCCACACAGCACAUGCAUGGUAACAACUUAAAAAAACACAUGCAUGGUAACAACUCCACACAACACACGCAUGGUAUUACCUCCGCACAACACAUGCAUGGUAUCAACUCCACAUUACACACGCAUGGUAUCAACUCCACACCACACAUGAAUAGUAACAACUCCACACAACACAUACGUUGUAACAACUCCACACAACACAUAUAUUUUAACAACUCCAUACAACCCAUGCAUGGUAUCAACUCCACACAACACAUGAAUGGUAACAACUCCACACAACACAUGCAUGAUAUCAACUCCACACAACACACGCAUGGUAACAACUUCACACAACACACGCAUGAUAACAAAUCCACAAAACACAUGCAUGGUAACAACUCCACAAAACACAUGCAUGGUAACAAGUCCACAGAACACACGCAUGGUAUCAACUCCACAAAACACUUGCAUGGUUACAACUCCACACAACACAUGCAUGGUAACAACUCCACAAAACACAUGCAUGGUAACAACUCCACACAACAUAUGCAUGGUAUUACCUCCCCACAACACAUUCAUGGUAUCAACUCCACACAACACAUGCAUGGUAACAACUCCACAAAACACAUGCAUGGUAACAACUCCACACAACAUAUGCUUGGUAUUACCUCCCCACAACACAUGCAUUGUAACAACUCCACACAACAUAUGCAUGGUAUCAACUCCACACAACACACGCAUGGUAACAACUCCACACAACACAUGCAUGGUAUCAACUCCACACAACACAUGCAUGGUAACAACUCCACAAAACACAUGCAUGGUAACAACUCCACACAACAUAUGCAUGGUAUUACCUCCCCACAACACAUUCAUGGUAUCAACUCCACACAACACAUGCAUGGUAACAACUCCACAAAACACAUGCAUGGUAACAACUCCACACAACAUAUGCAUGGUAUUACCUCCCCACAACACAUGCAUUGUAACAACUCCACACAACAUAUGCAUGGUAUCAACUCCACACAACACACGCAUGGUAACAACUCCACACAACACACGCAUGGUAUUACCUCCGCACAACACAUUCAUGGUAACAAAUCCACACAACACAUGCAUGGUAACAACUCCACACGACACAUGCAUGGUAUCAACUUCACACAACACAUGCAUGGUAUCAACUCCACACAACACAUGCAUGGUAUAAACUCCACACAACACACGCAUGGUAUCAACUCCACAUUACACACCCAUGGUAACAACUCCACAAAACACAUGCAUGGUUACAACUCCACACAACACAUGCAUGCUCUGCAAAAUAUUUUGGCCGCAAAAGUAGCUGAUGACCCCAACCUUUCUAGACGCAACAGGGUCAACUGGGAGAAGCUCGAGUUCCCAAUACUUGAUAUGGAAUAUCAAGAGACAAUAACACGUGGAUCACAUCAGCUGAAAGUAGCGCCAAUGUACAUAGCAAAGCACCUGACACCAGAUGAGGACUUCGAAGUGUGGGCCAUGCUGAAAAUCCCUUCCGAGUUCAAAUCCAUUAAAGUCCAGCAGUUCGCUUUUAGAAAUGAAAGAGAAAGAAAUGGUAAAGGGAACAAAAAAUCACGAGCAUUUUGGAGUUACUUUGACCUUGUUCGAAGAGAAGAAUUCGUCUUUGUGACCACAGCAGCUAGCCACACCUCGAAAGACAGGGGACGCGGAGAUACAGGGACAGAUAAAACACCACGUAUAAUAGGCAGCGUUUUAUGUCUAGUUUUCUAUUCCCUUAUCGACAAUUUCAAUGGCUUUUACAUCGCUACUUAA